AAAUCCACUGCAUUCCAUUGAAACAGAUGGGCUGUCUCAUUUUGUCUCUAGCCAAAAUGAACUCUCUUCUCCCUUGUCUUCCCUGCCCCACUAAUAUUCCCCCGUCUCACUAACUAGAGGACACCAGAUCCAACAACCAUCCUCUUCUAACUUUUGUUUUAUUUUGGAACUUCUUCUUCUUCUUCCUGCUGCUCCUCUUAACAGCCAUCCCUCAUCAUUCUUCCAGCGAUUGGUGAUAAUGGGUCCAAGGAGCAGGAGAAAAAACCAUGUGUGGUGUGUGCAGCCCCUGACUCCUCUGAUGGAAAGUCCUGACCCGGAGGAGCAGGGCGAAAAGGCCAGGAAGGAGAGAUCUUGGGAAGGAAUUCGAACAUGGGUUCGCAUGCAAAAGGAAAAGGGUGUCUCGUGGAGCCAUUUCCCGAUUCCAUUCCAUGGAAACAGCACGUCAAAGAACAUGGAUCUAAAACUAAUUCUAGGAAUACUUGGGUGUCCACUAGCCCCUAUACCCUCAAGUACUAGUGAACCAAGUCUCAACUUCGCAAUUAAAGACACUCCAAUUGAGACUUCCUCUGCUCGUUACAUAAUACAGCAGUACUUAGCGGCGACGUGUUACUUAAAACUUCAGCAGUGCAUGAAGAGCAUGUAUGCAACCGGUAGUGUGAAGAUGGUUUGCUGCGAGACGGAAAGCACGACGGCGAGAAUCGGAGGGAGGGGCGGUGGAAAAAACGGGUGCUUUGUCUUGUGGCAGAUGUCGCCGGGGAUGUGGUUGAUGGAGCUGGUGGCUGCAGGCUACAAAGUGAUCGCGGGGAGCAAUGGUAAGAUAAUUUGGAGGCACCUGCCUUCUGUAGGGAUGAAUGCAGCCAGAGGUCCCCAGCGGCCGCUGAGGCGCAUAGUUCAGGGAUUGGACCCGAAAAGCAUAGCAAGCAUGUUCACCAAAGCACAAUGCUUAGGGGAGAAGCGCAUCGGGGACGACGAUUGCUUCGUACUCAAAGUAUCGGCGGAUCGUCUGACCAUCGCAGAUCAAACAGAUGGGCCAGCUGAAGUUAUCAGGCAUGUUCUAUAUGGAUACUUCAGCCAGAAGAGUGGCCUCCUCAUCUACAUGGAAGAUUCACACCUUACCAGACUCCAGUCUCCGGGGUCCGAUGCCAUCUACUGGGAAACAACCAUUGGUAGCACCAUAAAGGACUACAGGGAGGUUGAUGGUCUCCUCAUAGCUCACCAAGGGAGGUCCAUUGCGACUGUGUUUCGUUUCGGUGACAACUCUGCGAACCACAGCAGAACUAGGAUGGAAGAGGUGUGGAGGAUCGACGAUAUAGUCUUCAACGUUCCAGGGCUUUCAGUGGAUUGUUUCAUUCCCCCAGCAGAGAUUUUGACUGUCAUCAAUGGUUUGUGACCACAAGCCAAACAAUAUUCUAUAAAAUGUAUGUGAAACUGGACCCUCAAA